AUUCCAGAUUUUUCUUUACUUUUUUUUUAAUUUAUUUUUUUUAACAUGACCAAGUUUGAGCUCGUUGGCAAUCUUUAUUUAGAAAAUUACAAAUUGUAUGGAAGAAUUUGAUAAAUUAAAGAAGGCAGGUGCCUGAAAAAUAAAUCUUGGACACCUUAAUUGAGUCCAGAGUUAGGAAGCUCUGCUCCACCUACUUGACUAAUUAAAUAUCAGGUAUACGUAAUAAAUAAUGAAAUCUUAAUUGUUGUCAGUUAGACAAGAACGCAAAUUUAUUUAUUUUUUUUUGUUCAGUUAACACAAAAAAAAAUCUCAUUUUUAUCUGGAUUGAUUGUGUAGAUUCAAACUGCUUUAAGUUGUUGGGGAAACAACCUGACAAACGAAUAAUAAAAAAACUUCCUGUUUAUCCUCAGAACAAAUUCAAGAAAUUUCCAGAUGUAAAUGGAGAACUAGACAAAACUAGACAUUCACUCAGUUGUGGUCAAUGUCAGUUUGAUUUCUACAGCACUUUGGUCAGCCUUGUUGCUUUUUAAAGUACUUUACGGGUUGGUUUAAAACCACAUGAAACUACACAUUAAUAAAACAAAAUCAAACGAACAUAUUUGAAUAAAACAAGAUGAUGAUGAUGAUGAUAAUAAAGGGGAACACAACAUAAAAAGCCUGAUGGGACUUGAAUUUGACUUUGAACUUCAAUUAAAAGGCUGGAUUUAAAAGACUGCAUAAGCUACAGUACAAAUAUCAAGUGGCAGGUUAUUGCAUUAGUCUAGGGUCUGCAGCUGAGACUGAAUCGAGACUUCGGUUGCACUGAGAGCAUCUGGCUACAUGUUUUGGAGUUAUAUAGGUUGAGCGGCUUGACUAAAUAGAUGAAUGACAUAUUGUUUAAGACUUUAAAAGUAAGUCAGAAAGCAGCCAUCUCAGAUCUAUGUGAAAAGUGCCAUGUGCCACAAGGAUACAUGACCACAGCAUGGAGAUACUCUGAGAGAAUAUUCUGAGCCACUGUGAGAUUUCUCCCAAGGCCACCAAGGGGAGACAGAACUCAAAGUUAAUGUUUGUUCUGACACUGAUCCAAUGGAUCCACCACAGAAUCCACGGCAAGAAGCACUGAGUGGGAUUGCAGGUGUCAGCCAUUGCUUCACAUCUUUCCUUGUCGUGGGUUCCAGAGUCGUUUUCCAUCCCUGCCUUCUGUACAUGAAUGCAGUAGACGUCAUUAGGUGGAAGCUUCCACAGAGUAGAGUUACUCCGUGACACCAAAGAAGUUACAUAAGACCACUUUCCUAACGCACUUAUGUUGAAAAUUGAUAGGCACACUAAUGCACACAUGCAGACUCUUUCAAACUCUGGACGCAGCAUCACACCGUUGCAAUCUAAUGCUGCUAAAAUUAGGAUCAUAGUUCUCUACAGUCUUCACAGGAUUGUUGGCAACCUAACAGAGACUAUAUCUUGUGCAAUAAAUCCAUUAUGCUCUCCUGUGAAACCUGAUCCUGUUUAGUCAAGAGUUGCAUGAAGACACAGAUAUAAAUUUUCUUUUACACGCAGGCAUUGAAAUCCAGCAUUCACAGUCACACUCUGGGCUUUAGUAUCACAAACACAAAGUUACUGCAGUACAUCUACUUUACCAGGAUGCCACAGGUAGAUAUUCUCUCUUGUGACAAACUAAAGUUAGCCACACGUGUUUAAUUAAUUUGACUGACGAUAAAAGUUUGUGUAAGAUGAGCCAGGUAUGCAAACUUCAAUGCAAUGAUACAUUAACAUUUAAAUUCCCACCCCCUAAAAAUCUGUAAGCUGUGUAUCUGUCAGUCACCCCUUGAAUUAAGUGUCCAGAACUAUUAAACUGCAUUUCUAGACAUUUUAAAAGGGGAUAGAUGCUCUACUAACUACUUCAGCUACUAUGAAGUUCUGACCCUCAGCACUCAUGUGUAACCCCAUACAGUAGUGGGUAGCUAAACAACAGAUUGCCAGAUGCAGAUUUCAUUAUAUUCCAACUCCUGGAAGAAACCAGUAACUCUGGUGGAAAAGGGGGAUAAGCUGAUAAGUGGCAUAACUAUAUGCUUUGAUUUAUAAUGAAGUUAUCUGGCUAACUUUUGUAUGAAUAAAACGGAAAAAAAGAAAAAUGAGCAGCUGUGAAAAAUGUGAUGGGCCUCACCUCCCUCCCCCAGCCUGAGUGGGGUUGACCCUUGUGGGUGAGCUGCCGCUGGCCAUCAGUCUGCAGCAGCAGCCCUCUCACAUCCUCACCGCCCGGUAAGUCCCAGCUACAAAUAUUUUCUCUCCUCUCUCUGUUGAUUUCAGCAGCUCCUCAAUCACAUUUUAUUUAUUAACUUCUGCAAGAAAUCACGUGCAGCUGCUGCCUUGAUUUAGCAUUGGCGCAAGAAGAAAUAGUCCCUUAAUUUUAUCUCAGGCAGGUUUGACCCAGGGAGUGUAAAUCACCGAGGUCACGUGUUUUACAUAGCUAUAAUAUUCUUGUCCACUCAUAUACCUGCUGUGUUUUGUUUUUUCUUUCUUUAACACGUGAGCUCAAACACAAAACACUGUUAUAAAGAGCAGCCAGCGUGCCACAGAAACAACGUGUGGAUUUAAAAACUGUACUUUGUUCCCAAUAAUAAUAAUAAUAAUAGUAAAGCACAUCAAUACGUUUCAGUACAUCUUUAGUCCUCUAAAUUAAUACAAGUUAAAAUAAAUAGUGGACAUGUCCUUUGAGUCGAGCACCCUCAUGAAUGUGUUUAGAAAUAUUAAGCUUACAGUGUUGUCCAGCAUGUCAUCCCCGAGUAAUGCAGUGAAAAAUCCACUGUUCUUUAAAUUCCAGGAUUUUUAUUUGUUGUAUUUAUUUAUCCUUAUCAGUUUAUCCCUUCGGAGCCGUAGGAUACCAGCCUUAGCCUGCAUUUAAACUUACAACUUCAAAAUUAAAUUAGAUUAGAGUAGAUUAGAAGAAAUGUGUGUCCACGUGUUGAUCUUUUUUGCUUUAUAAAAUUCAGAGCUAAUGCCUCCUUUGGCAAUGAACAUUUAGUUACUAUCUUGUUGUUUACGACUUUUGCAGGUGUUUAUUAUUUAAGUGAGACUCUCAGGAUGGUUAAAACAGCUGAUAACUAUGCUGAUUUUAGGAUUAUUGCUUCAAAAAGUGAUUUGCAUCCAGCAGGUAUUCAAGAGGUGGAAACCUUAACACCACUUCAAAGCGAUCCUUAUCACCAUACUGAUCAGUCUGUGCCUUUAGUAAAGUAACAGCGUUUCUCUUUCAUGUAUAAAAUUCUGUGUUUUUGGUUGCAGCAGAGGAUGAUGGAGAAAACCAGCCACAUCAACAUUGCAAUGAUAGAAGACAUCGCUACUAACGGGAUGGCCGUGUCAAAGGUCGGCACGGGCGUGGACGGGACGAAACAGCGGUGCGGUUCCACCGUGAGCUUCCACAACAUCCAGUACAAAGUGCAGCAGCAGAGCGGCUUCCUCUGCAAAAGAAAGAUCCUCUCCAAGGAAAUACUGGUGGACCUCAAUGGGAUUAUGAGACCUGGUCUGAAUGCUAUUCUUGGACCUACUGGAAGUGGAAAAUCUUCAUUCUUGGAUAUUCUGGCUGCGAGGAAGGAUCCCGCAGGUCUCUCGGGUGAAGUUCUCAUUGAUGGAGCCCCACAGCCUCCAAACUUUAAGUGCCUCUCUGGCUAUGUCGUCCAGGAAGAUGUGGUCAUGGGCACCCUGACCGUGAGGGAGAAUCUGCGUUUUUCUGCCGCUCUGCGACUGCACGUCUCCGUGCCUCAGGUCGAGAAGGAGGCUCGAGUCAAUCACCUCAUUAAAGAACUGGGUCUCACCGAAGUGGCUGACUCCAAGGUGGGCACGCAGAUGACCCGAGGAAUCUCAGGAGGAGAGAGAAAGAGGACAAACAUCGGCAUGGAGCUGAUCAUCGAUCCUGCUGUCCUAUUUCUGGAUGAACCGACCACCGGGCUAGACGCAAGCACUGCUAACUCUGUCCUGCUACUGCUGAAAAGAAUGGCGAGUCAUGGUAGAACCAUAAUUAUGUCCAUCCACCAACCUCGCUACUCCAUCUACAGACUGUUUGACACUCUCACACUGUUGGUCGGUGGUAAAAUGGUGUACCACGGACCAGCACCAAACGCUUUGGACUACUUUGCCAACAUCGGCUAUGCCUGCGAGGCCCACAACAACCCAGCUGACUUCUUUUUGGAUGUGAUUAACGGAGACUUCACCGCCACAGCAAUGACCAAAGUGCACGGCUCUGAAGAUUUGGACUUCAAGGAGCUCAGUAGCUCCAGGCAGAGCAUCGAGGAGCGCCUGGUGGAUGAGUACAGGAACAGCGGUUACUCCAGCAACACACGAGCCGAACUGGAACGCAUUGUUAAAGAUAAGCGCUGUGGGUCCCUCCCAAAGUCCCGCACCAUCACCUACAACAGCUCGUUCUUUCACCAGCUACGAUGGGUCCUUCACAGAACAUUUCAGAACCUCAUGUUGAACCCCCAAACAUCUGUGGCCCAGCUGGGAGUCAACGUUUUCCUCGCUCUCAUCGUGGGAGCCAUUUUCUUUGGGGUCAAAGAUGAUCUGAGUGGUAUUCAGAACAGGAUGGGCGCCCUCUUCUUCAUCACUACCAACCAGUGUUUCAGUACUGUGUCUGCUGCCGAGCUCUUCAUCACUGAGAGGAAACUCUUUGUGCACGAGUACAUCAGCGGCUACUACAGAGUGUCUGUCUACUUCCUUUCUAAGAUCCUGUCUGAUAUCGCUCUGCGCACCGUCACCUCUGUUAUCUUCAGCUGUGUUGUCUAUUUUUUGAUUGGGCUCAAAUCCACAGCAGAAGCCUUUUUUGUCUUCAUGCUGACGGUGACUCUGGUGGCUUACACAGCCACAGCCAUGACCAUGGCCAUCUCAGCUGACCAGAGUGUCGUGGCUCUUGCCAACAUCCUCAUGACCAUCACCUUUGUCUUCAUGAUGAUUUUUUCAGGACUCCUGGUGAAUCUACCCAGCACCAAAGACUGGUUGGCUUGGCUGAAGUACUUUAGUAUUCCUCGUUAUGGUCUUGCAGCCUUGAAGAUAAACGAAUUUGUGGGUCUGAGGUUCUGCGAAGAGGUUGUAAUCCGAAACAGCAACAUGUCAGCUAUGACAGCCAACUGCACUGUGAAAACAGCUGGCCAGACAUGCACAGGAGAGCAGUAUCUGGAGUACCUGGGCAUAGACUACACCUGCUGGGGUCUGUGGGAGAAUCAUGUAGCUUUGACUGUUAUGAUGAUCAUAUUUCUCAUCAUUGCCUAUCUGAAGCUUCGCUUCAUCAAGAAAUUUACUUAAUGCGUUAUCUGUUUUUUACUUUAAUGUACCAGCACUGAUAGAUCUUGUGCUCAGAAAUAGCACAAUUAAAGCUACAUUUAUAUAUUGGGGGAUUAGUUUUAUUUUACACUGCCCUCAUAUCUUUAGCAUAUAAUGAAGCCAAAAGAAAGUUAGAGUACAAGUGCAAAUACUGAAAUAAAAAGCUGAAAGCAGCCGAAAACAGCUAGCUAAACUUUUCUAGAGUUCACGUUUUUACCAUUAGUCUCCCUGUAAAGCUCAUAAAAUCUUAUUGUGUGUUGUGUUCAGCUGCUCAUUAACCCUUUUACGCAUAGUGGUCACUACAGUGGACAGCUAUUCAAACACUGUUUUCUUGUAUUCAUAUCAGUGUUGAUGGUACACUUGCACAUAAACCACUACAUUGGACACUGAUGUGUCACUCCAUACCCUGCCGCUCACUCUAAAGGUGAUGUUGUCAUGUAAAAAACUAUUUGAAAAAUACACGUUUAAAAAAUGAA